CGAGAGAUGCUACACCCCAGGCUGGACAGAUGGAGGGGUAGGGGGUGUGGAAAGGUAGUGUGGGGGGCUGUGGGAUGAGCGAUGUUAAGUGAGGGAGUACAACACCUGGCAGUCUUCCUCCUCCACCCGUACCGACAAGAUCCACUCCUUACCUUUUCUGUGGCGGUGACACCCAAGCCCAGGAUGUCUGACGCCCUAUGAAGUGUUGAUGUACCAGACCCAGGAUGUUGGUGCCUGGUGUCCUGUGGGGCGCCGUGGCCUUGUUCCUCGCGUGUUCCACUACCCACGCUACGGACGAGGCCCAACACGCCCACCAAUCAACCAAUGACACGCAGGCACAACCGAAACCAGAGGCUCUGAUUGGACAACACUGGGGACCAAAACCAAGACAGCCAGCUAGAAUCCCCGUCAUUGUAUCUUAUCGUGACCCUCCGCUGCCUCACACACUCUACACUCACGCCCUCGACCGUAUACAGAGGGUGAAAAGUGUCUCUAGAGGGAGCCUUGAGGAUGGAAGGCACUUAGGAGACUCUGGGGAGCGAGGGCUGGCGGGGCUGGAUCCUUCACCUGUUCGCUCCGUUCACUCUAUGACGGCGGAGGAAACGUGGACUCUCCUUGGGUAUCCUUUCAGCAGACCGCACGCCUCCUUUGGGACUCGCCAGCACAGCACCAAGGGACGUGGGCCGCCGAGACACACAGCAGGGCCACGCCAGGUACAACACCAGCAAACUCUCCGACCACUGGGCCCACACCCAUACCCGCCCAUGCCGCCCACACGCCCCCAUGCCUCCCGCCCACGCUUCCCCUCCCGCCCAUUGACCCCAAACCCACCACCCCACCCUCGUGUUCCCAUCAACGCACGCCCAAUGCUACGCCCAUCUACACGCCCACCGCCACGCCCACCGCCACGCCCACUGCCACGUCCAUUGCCACGCCCACGCCCUCCUCUCUUGGACAUCAAGCCUAUACCCACACCCCGCCCGCCUGGCACCUUCACCCCCGACUCCCUCAGUGUUCAUGACGUAGCGGGACCUCCUUAUGUCAACACAGCCCCCACUUACAUCCUGGCUCGUAGCGACGUCACCAACACCACCGCCACCACCACCACCACCUUACCCUCCACCACCCACAAAGCACGUCCUUCAGGUUUUCAUUCUGUGUAUAUGGAAGAGGCAAUGGGUAUAUAGUGUUUUUUAUGAGAUUUUUUUUUUUUUUUUUCUGAAUGUGUGCUGUUAUUUCCAGGUGUGGGUGUCCCCCUUCGAUCCCUGGCAGCCUAAGACUUCCACGUCAGCCUCCAGCAUCUUCCGCCCCUCGCUCACACCUGCUCCUGGCCAACACGAGAAUCCCUGGGCAUCUUUUGGAAACCCAGACUGGCUCAACAAAUGGGACCACGGGUGGGAUCAAAACUGGCCGUUUGACUGGAGCACCAAGAAAGAUCCAGGACCCACAGAUGCAAACGAUUCCCCCGCCUCCUCCUCCCCUGACAAUUUCCCAG